AUCGGGACUAUAGCUGUCCGUCAUGGCGGGCCCGAAAAACCAGAUACCCGCUAUCUACGACCGGGCGAUUCAGAAAUACCGCGAGAUCACGGAUGAGACUCUCGAUGUCGAGGUCCUGGCUUCCAUUCGGAGUGUUAAUGAUCUCAUUAGUGCGAUCGAUGUGCAGAAUGCCAAGUUCAGUGAGUUUCGCGAGAAGCGCGGGGUGCUCUUUGAUGUGCUUAAGGCUGCGCUGGUUCCUGUGGAAUUGUUCGGGAACCUCGCGGCUGGGGGCGCCGCGAUGGUGUUCGCGCCUAGUAGUUUGGUCUUUGGUGCGGUCACGUAUUUGAUGGGUGCUGCGAAGGGGGUUUCUACCUCGUAUGAUGCGAUUCAGGGGCUGAUGGGAACGUUGAAGGAUUUCACGAUUCGACUCAAAGCUUACAGCCAGGAAGCGAUCUCGGACGCCCUGAGCGAUAAGCUCGCCGAUAUCCUGGUCACGCUGCUCGAGAUCUUCGCCUUAGCAACUAAGGCCAUCCGUCGCGGCCGUCUGCUCAAGUUCACCCGCAACAUCCUCCUCGGAAGCAACGAUGCGAUCCAAGCCGCCAUGGGUAAACUGGAUAAGCUGACCAGCGUCGAGGCGCGGCUGGUCGGCGCGGAGACCCUGACUGAAUCGAAACGCACCGGCCGCGUCGUCGACGAACUCGCCGUCACGGUCACCAGCACUAACGCGACGGUCACGGAGACCGGGAUGACGGUGCAGCAGAUGAGCUACCAGGUUACCGAGGUGCAGGAGAUGCUGAGUACGUUGGUGGUGUCGGCCGGCGAGAGAGCCCAGGACGGCGACAAGACGCUACACGAUCUGGUCGCGCAGAUCCUGCGGCCCUCCAAGACGGAUUACGCCCAGGACUGGUACGAGAAGAUCAACAAGGCGCGCAUUCCCGGCACCGGCGACUGGGUGCGACAUGAGGGGAUCUUCCAGAGUUGGUUACGCCGCGAUACACCCGUCAUCUUCGUGUCUGGCAACCCCGGCGCCGGCAAAUCGUACCUCUCCACCAACAUCAUCAGCCUGCUGCGCGAACAGUAUACCCUGGGGACGCAGAGCACAUCGCUUGUCUCCGUGGGGUACUUCUUUUUCAAAGAUGAUAACCCCGACACCCGCUCCAUCCAUGCGGCCCUGCGCGAUCUCGCCUUCCAGAUCAGCAAGAGCGAUCCCGUGUAUCAGCGACACAUCGCGAGCGUUGAGCGAUACGAAAUGAUCAACAGUCUGGAGAGUGCGUGGCGGCGGUUGUUUGUUGACUACUUCCUCAAGAAGCCCAACGUCGACGGGCGCGUGUACAUCCUCCUGGAUGCAGUGGACGAAGCCUCGGACGAAGAGCGCAAGCGAUUCCUAGGCCUCGCCAAGGAUCUGUACGACAGCCCGCACGCGGUGCGUCUGCAGCUGGCGAUCGUGGGGCGGCCCCAUAUCAGCGACCAGCUGCUGGAAGGGCUCGAGGUGGAGGUUCCGACCAUCCACGUGACGACGCAGAAGAACUCGGACGACAUUAACCAGUACAUCCACGCCAGCAUCAAGAAGUCGGUGGUGCUGCGCCGGGUGUCGGCCAAGCUGCGCCAGGAGAUUGUAGAAAAGUUGUCGGCCGGGGCGGAGGGCAUGUUUCUGUGGGUCAAUCUGAUGUUGCAGGAGCUGGUGAAGAAGCGCAACGAAAGCAGCAUGCGGAAAGCCCUUGACGACCCUCCCAAGGGUCUGAAAGAGAUUCUGCGCCACGUGCUCGCCAACUUCUCGAUGAUCUCCAACGAGGAGGAGCUCGAGUACCUGAACGAGAUCCUCCAAUGGGUGGCGUGCUCGCAACAGCCGCUCACCCUUGGCCUCGUCGACGAUCUACUCCGACUGAAAUCGCCCGAAGGUGAUGGCAUGAUCUAUCUAGAAGGUGCGCUUCGUCGACAGUUCGCAUCCUUCUUCUCACUCGACCGAGAGGACAGUCUCACGACGGCGGAGUUGCAGAACAUUUCGACUAAGCCGGGCAUCUUCGACGCAUCGGAUGACGAGGCCGACCAGAGCGAGGAGGCGUUCGAGGAUGUGGACAACUUUACCGACUUCAACUCCGAUCUGCAGACGACGACCGUCACCUUCUGCCAUGCCUUCAUCGGGGACUUCUUCCGUGACGAGACCGAGGGCAAGGUAUCUGCCAGAGAAGAUCAUCUGGCGGUAGGAGUGAAUUAUCGGGAGGCCAAAGCCCACGUCCUCAAGACCCUCCUACGUCUAUUCGCGGAUAGUACAUUAGCGGACAAAGCAAAUGAUUCCAUAGCCAUGCUCACCCAUGCGGCGCAGAAUUGGGUCUAUCAUCUUCUUAGCACCACCCCCUCGGAAUGCUCGCUUGAAGACAGGAAAAAAAUCGCACAGCUGCUGCUCACCGUGCUCCGAUCCGAGGAAGUGAUGGCCGUGUGGAUCGGCCGUCAGGCAUGGUCCUUCACCACCGCCAGCAUCCGGUCGGUGCGGAAGUGGUGGGAGGACGAGGAGGUGGUUGCCUCUCUCUCGGAGGAGGAGCGUGGAUUCAUCUCUGCCACUGAAGCAGACCCGAUCACCACCUUCGAGCCGGUGGUCAUGUUCUGUGCCAAAAAGUGGCUAUGCGAGAAGACGUGGAAUGCCUGUCCUGUUGCCGCCGUAGUCUGGAGCUACCAGAGCCUCCAAAAGGGAAAAGAGGUCGAUUUUCUGGAAACGUUUGACCCCAGCGCUGCGGAGUUGAUUGAGGCGGCUGAGUUCGGCGGAAUGGAGAAGACCGCGCUGUGGUACCGACGCUGUGCCAUCGCUCUUCGCGAGGUCGGACAUCUCGAUUCGGCGCUGGAGUACUUCACCAAGGCCUUGGAGCUCGACCCGAACGAGUGGCUAACCAGGCCGGGGAUGGCCAUGACCUGUAAACUGCAACAUAACUACCAGCAGGCGAUCGAAUACGACGAGGAAGCCGCGAAGCUAAUUUCCCAGGCGAUCGCAGAUGCUCCCGAGGCGAUGGACCUGAAGCUGGGGAUCCACGCCAUCCUCGAGCGACUAGGCGAUAGCUACAAACAGCUGGGCAAUCUGGACAAAUGGCAUGAAUGCUUCGCGAAGGCAUACCAAUCCACCCCGUACUGUAACACCUGCAUCAACGCGCUGCUGGAGCAUUAUCACAAGGCCCACGAACAUCAAGCCAUCAUUGACCUGCUAAGGCAUUUAGCCGACACCCCGGUCCCGGACGAGGAUUACUCGCGGUUGACGCAGACAGUAUGGCUGAACAGCGACUGCGAUGACCCGUUCCUGAACUUCGCGCUGGCAGCGGCGUUGGAGACGGGGACGCUCAGCCUGAUGGUUGAAGCGUGGCGGGUGGCCGCCCGCACGGCCCGCAGGGCGCUGAAGACCGUCACGGCGGCCAACAUCGAGCUGGGCCUGGCGCGCAUCUACAGCGAGUUCCUGCAUGACCAGGCCCAGGCAGUGAAGCGGUGGGAGGCGAUCAUGAACACCUAUGUCUCGUCCGCGGACGAGACCCAGAUCGGGCUUAUCAAGCUGCAGGCCGCGCAUCGGCUGUCGCAGCACUAUCUUGCCGAGGCCGUGAACGCCGGGACCAACACGCCCGAGGCGGACGAGGCAGCGACGAAGCUGGAGAAGCUGGUGGCGCAGGUCAAGUGCGACGGCAACUCGUUCGCGUACAUCCUGCAGAGCGCAUCGGGGCUCGCGCUCGCGGUCUACCAUCGGCUGAAGGGGCAGCACAGCGAGGCUCGCGCCCUGGUGCGGCCGGUCAUCAAGGCCGGUAUCCAGAUCUUGUCCGACGAUGACCCGGAGAAUGACCAGAUGGGGCUGAUCAAUCUACUGACGGCGCUGCUGGCGGCCGGCGACACCAAGAGCAUCCUUGCUGUGGCCUACGCUAUGGGCGCGCGCGAGGAGAAGGCCGACGGCGAGACGGCCGACGAGGACGAGGAGGAGGAUGAGCUGCGUCUGUGGACAUGCGACGGGCCGUGCCACCGUGAAUGGUCGGUUCCCGAUGAUAUCUCGCUGUGCACCAUCUGCUUCGACUCGUUCUGUGCAGACUGCACCAAGAUGCUCGCCGAGGGCACCAUGGCCAUCAAUCGGUGCAGCGGCAACCACGUGUCUAGCUUCGUGUAUGUGCCACCACGCCCGCAGCCGGUGGCAAAGGGCGCGGUGGUGGUGGAUGGCGAGGAGAUGGAGUUUGAGGCUUGGAAAGAGCUGCUUCGGAAGGAGUGGGAGGUGUAGCGCUUGCACAUUGAGUGCAAUCUAAACAUAUAGGAUAGACC